AUGCUGUACUUAGAGGUGAAGUGGUGUAUAGCGCGAACGCCUCUCAUCUCCGAGGGAUGGGCGUGGAGCAGCGCAAGUGCGCUUGCAGACAGUUUUGAUAUCGCGAGUUCGAUCCUCGCAGCGGACAUUUUUUUAUUUUUCAUAAAAAAAUAGCUUUUCUCUUCAAACUGGUGGUUUUAUACUGUUUUAAUAACUAAUUAUGACUUUGAAAACCGAAAUAAACUCCUAAAAAAUUUAAAUCCAAUAUGAAAACAAAAUGAACGACCAAAAGUGUAAAAUCUAAACUUUCAGUACUAAAUUUCGCGACUUUUUUCACUACUGUUAUGACCAUAACUUUUUUUGUUCUCAACCUUUUUCGAAAAACUGAACUGUUUUGAAUAGUGAAUUAGAGCAGCUAUCCAACCAUAGUAAUAUUGAAGUUCGAAAAUUUUUUUGAAAAUUUGGUUGCGGUCCCUAUCCAUAUUUCUAAGAAAGGUUUUGAAAAAAUGUGUAGGAUUGGUGUAGGAUUGCGUCAUUCUGCUACUUGGCGCGUUUUUAACCUCAAAACUUUCGAAAAUUUUCAUUCGAAUCAUCAGUUUUUCACGUUUUUUUCAAACAUUAAAGUUAGUUUUGUUUUCUGGUUUACGCAGUUUUUGGAAACUAAGUAACCUUUAAAAAGAAAGUUUUUCAAGAUUUUUGGAAGGUUUUUUUUUCAAUUUUGAAUAUAUUUCAUGUGAAAGCUAUGAAAUGUGGAUCUGCUGCAAAAAAGAGGAGAAGUCAAACGAGACCCGCAGGCCACGCACCUCGAACGUCUGACGAUCGACAAAGCCUGCAGAGUGGCCGUGCAAGAGUCCCUCGCCAAUCGACGCAGGAGUGCACUUCUUCAGACAGCUGAGAAACGUCAAAGCCUCAAGAAGAAGAAGUUCGAGCUCGUCGACGAGCGAACGGUGAUGACAGCACUGAAGGACGAGAACGGCCAGCUGAAGUCGUCAAGGAACGAGAUGGAGCGCCUGACCGUCGACUUCUACACGAAACUCUUCCGAAGCGACGUUCCCGUCCCCAGAACACCAACGCCGCCACCAGAAGAAGAACCCCCAAUCCUACCCGAAGAAGUCAAGUACGCCAUCAGGAAGCUGAAGGUCGGAACGGCCGCAGGACCCGACAACAUCUCGUCCGAACUGCUGAAGGCUGGAGGAGACUCGCUGUACCGACUACUUGCCCGGCACUUCUCCAAGUACCUGAGCGAAGCCUCUAUUCCGGAACAAUGGAAAACGUCCAAGACGAUCCUCAUUCCGAAGAAGGGCGACCUCACCGACCUGAACAACUUCAGACCGAUCUCCCUCUUAUCGGUCGUCUACAAGUUGUUCACCAAGGUCAUCGUCAACAGACUAGAGAAGCAACUCGACAACUUCCAAUCGUUUUCGCAAGCUGGCUUCCGACGCAACUACUCUUGCCUAGACCACAUCCACGCCUUGACAUAG